GUUGAAUGUAAUGUGUCAUUUAUAAGUUGGGAAAAUAGAUAAUUGCAUAUGUCCUCUUGAAUCAGUUCAACUGGAUGAUGUAAUCAUCGAUCAUAUUAGAUCUCUCGCCUUUGCCUGGAAGACUGGCGCCGCCGCCGCCGCUGCGUCUGAGCUACCUAUUCCGCUGCACAUGUCAAUGGGCCCACCACUGGGCAAUUGGCGAUGGCGUUGGGCGCGUUUCUGGUCUAUGCGUCGUACGUGCACCGCACGGUGGCUCGGCCACCUUCUCCACUGCACACUGUUACUCGCUUAUGAGGAGGGCUGGUAUGGUCUGUUAAGAGAGACCUGAAGGAUUGGGGUAUCACCGAAGAGCUAGCUAUGGACAGGGGUGCAUGGAAGCUUGCUAUCCAUGUGCCAGAGCCAUGAGUUGGUUGCGAGAUCUUAUGGGUUUCACCUCUAGCCUACCCCAACUUGCUUGGGACUAAAGGCUUUGUUGUUGUUGUUGUUGUUGUUGUUGACUCGCUUAUGAGGAGGAGUACAACAUACAGCUAUUUGAUGUUUACCUGGGAAUAAACUGCCCAGUUUCUCAAAUCACUGUGGAGGAUUGCUUCUGACCUCUGCCUUUGCUCUUCUGCUCACUAGAACCUAAGAUUCACAGUCAUAUAAUGAUACACUACACUGGUAGCAAAGCAGAAUGCUUAGUAAGCCAUCAGUUGACAGAUCUUGGUACAGAGCUUUGCUCAAAUUGCUAAACCUGGUAUAACUAUUGGCUGCAGAUUAUUUGGCACAAGGACAAAGCAUUUCGGAGAUCUGCUGAGGGCUGGAAGUCAUUUCUGAAAUACUUGUAAGUUGCCAUUACCUCAGAAUGCUUUCAUGUUGAUGCACCUUUCCGUUGAUUUCUGAAUGCGCCUCUUCAUUGGAAUGAUCUUACCCAGUAUGUCCCAAAGAAGAAUGUACUACUUGUGAUUGCAUUUUAAUAGGGAAUGUUUUAUCUAAUAUACUGCUUUAGAAGGUCUGGUCCUGCAAAGUAAGCUGAAUUAUAUACACACAACAGGACAAAAUUUCAGCAUCAUACAUCAUGAUGAUUUCUGAUUAAAUUCCAAUCAUAUAGCCGCCCCUACAAUUUUAGUCCAUUUAGGGGUCAAAUUGGAUGGGUCAGAAUCAGCUGCCUCAGUUGAAAGUUGAACCAGGUACUGCCCACAGCAAAAUGCAGACCAGGAAACGCGGGUUGAAUUAAGUGAUCACAUGGUGUGCUGCAAAUGCAAACUAGGAAUUCCAACUUGAUCAGGGCCCCAAGGAUAAGGCAUGCCCAGAAACCAUGGGUUCCAUCAGCCAUCAGCCCUCUCAUGCCCAAACACAUUUGAGACAUGCUGGUAUGGAUGGCUGGUCAUAUAAUUUUUUUAGCUUAAUGCCUCUAACAGGUGAAGUAAUCAGUCUACAGUACAUCAGCUAUCAUGGAGCUGGAAGCGUUGGCUCCACCCCACCCCUUACUGAUAACCCAAAAUCUGGUCCCAAAAAAUCUGAUCAAAUGAUUUAUCACAUUGUCUGCGGCUGCAACAUUGCAUGCAGAGCACUCAUGGCCUUGUCUCCUGUAGUCCUGCCCACUACCUUUUCUGGUAGCUACACAUAACCCAUCCCUUGAACUAUAAAUCCAUGACCUGCUCAACACAACUUCUUCAUCUGCAAACAACACCGCAAUCUGUGAAAAGCUCCAUCACAUCAUCAGAGCAGAAGUGCAGUUUAGCCAAGAACAUAUAACAGCCAUGAUCCAUUCAAAGAAGCUUGCUCAACUUGCCAAGAAGUGGCAGAGGAUGGUGGCAGCUGGUGGCCAGCAGACUGCAGACACCGACGGGUGCUGCAGCACUGCUUCUGUUGCAGACAGGGGCCACUGUGUCAUGUACACUGUUGAUGGAUCACGGUUUGAGGUCCCUUUGGUGUACCUUGGCACAAUGGUCUUCGGUGAGCUCCUGAGGAUGUCUCAAGAGGAAUUUGGCUUCUCUAGCGAUGGCAAGAUCACAUUACCUUUUGAUGCCUGUGUGAUGGCGUAUGUGAUGUGUUUGAUUAGGAGAGAGGCCUCUGAAGAGGUUGAGAAGGCGUUCCUGAGCUCCAUAGCAAUGCCUUGCCACAGUGCGAGUUGUGUAGCUUCAGUGAGACUUAAUCAGCAAUUUGCUGUUUGUAGCUAGUGAUAAAUGUUUUUGUUCAGUUGAGUGUAAAUUGAAGAAUUGUAGGGAAUGAAAAGAAUAUACAGAUCUUCUCUCGUC